AUGACAGAAGCACUCGAGAAUGAGAUCGCGGCCAUCAAUGCCAUCUACGGGCCCGGUACCCUCGUUACGGCCGAUAGCUCUCACGUCUACAUCCUCGCCCUUGCGACUGCGCCAGCCUCGCUACGCAUCUACUUUCCACCGACCUAUCCGGAAGUUGCACCGAACGUCCUCGGCAGCCAUGGCGUGGGCGCAGAAGCGCGCAAAGGCGAGGCGGCCGAGAUCGUCAUGAGAUUUCGACAGGCGAUUCAGAGGCUUCACCAAGUCAACGAAGUCUGUCUCUUUGAUGUAGUAGAGGAUGUGCUCGAGGGAAUUCGAUCGAGGCAGCCGUCGCCAUUCCAAUGCGACGAGCUAGUUGCUCCUGCCAACUCCAACCAGGGCAUCGAGGCGACCUCAGGGAUGCCAACACCAAGCUGGAGCGUAUCCGAUGUCAUGCGCGAGCUCAAAUCCGUCUUCAUCGCUCGUUGCACGCGCGUCAACUCGCCACAGAUGGCUCAGGCCUUCGUCCAGCACCUCGUCGACCACGAGAAAAAGGUACAGGCGGCGACGCACAACAUUACGGCCUGGCGCAUCCGCCGCGACGCUACGGUCACUUAUCAAGACUACGAUGAUGAUGGCGAGACGGCAGCGGGUGCACGCCUCCUGCAUUUGUUACAGCGCAUGGAUGUCUGGAAUGUCAUGGUUGUGGUCUCGCGCUGGUAUGGUGGCCAUCAUCUUGGCCCGCGGCGCUUCACGCUCAUUAAUGCCGUCGCCCGCGAUGCUCUUGUCAAGGCAAACAUUGUCACUACACCCAAGUCCAAGCCUUGA